AUAACAACAGAAAGCUACUAGUGAAUAAUUAAUUGUGUUUUCUACUCCUGCUGUUUUAAUACCCCACUUGUUAUAAAUAUUGUACUUCAUUUUCUUCAGUCAUCUAUUGCAGUUGGGGAAAUCUUUCGGAAUCCAAUCAGGGAUCAAAGGAGCCAAGAUGUUAAGACGAUCAGUAGUGACGGAUGGGACAGCUGCUGGCCAAGUGGGGAUCAAGAAAAGAUCUAAAGUCCCCGGGGUGAUGAUUACACAGUUUGUCGAGACCUUACCAGAGGGAAAAAGCCAUCCAGACUUCACUCGCAAGCCAAUUGCUUUGACCAUCCAAGAGGGCAAAUUUGCUUUUUUCAAAGCCAUUGUCACUGGAGAUCCACAGCCAACUGUAACAUGGAGCAGAAAUAAUGGAGACGUUUCUGAUACGUCAAGAUACAUAACAAAAUAUGAUCCCAAUUCCAAUGAGCACACAUUUGAGAUGCCAAACGUUAUGCCAGAUCAAGCUGAUACCUACAAAUGCUUUGCCACAAAUGAAUAUGGACAAGCCACGGUUACAGUUGUUUUGAACGUUAUUGCAGUUGGUUUCAAAAUGAACAAAGCCACACAAGCAGCUGAAGCCACUGAUGUGAAUUUUAAGAAAGUUCUAAAAAGGAGAAGUAAGAUCUGUCCAAAAUCUGAGCAACCUGCAAAAAAAGAGGGUGAGAUUGAUCCCAAAUUUUGGGAGCUCUUGCUCAGCGCUGACAAGAAAGACUAUGAGAGAAUCUGUGGAGAGUUUGGAGUGACUGACUUUCGCUGGAUGCUCAAGAAACUAAAUGAAAUGAAGAAAGAAAGGGAGGAAGAACAAGCUGAGUUUGUCAGAAACCUGUCUAACCUGAGACCCAUUCAGGUCAAUGCAGAUGGCACUGCAUCCUUUGAGCUUGAGAUGGACCUUCUGGAUCCAAGCAGCUCCAUUUACCUGUACAAGGAUGGUGAAAUGGUUCCAUAUACAAAAGAGUUGGGAGACAAGAUGAAACACAGCCUUAGACAAGUGGGGAAAAAGUACAUUUUCAGUCUGAGGGAUCUUAUGCCAGAUGAUGCUGGACUGUACCAGUUGGAUGUGGAGGACGUGAAUAUGUUUUCUACUGAUUUUAAAAUUCCAAUGGUGGACUUCUUGGUGAAAAUUCAGGAAGUGAAGGCAAUCGAGAGAGAAGAUGCUGUUUUUGAGUGUGUCCUGUCAAAUCCCUUCUCCAACAUUUUGUGGUUUGGCAAGAAUGUGCCACUGGAACAAGGGGAUAAAUAUGACAUUGAGGUUUCAGAAGACAAGCUCAUUCACAGGCUGGUGGUCAAAGACUGCAUGGUGGUAGACAAAGGAAUUUAUUCUGCCUGCGCUGGGAUAAAGUCUUGCAAUGCAUGGCUUAUUGUUGAAGCUGAUAAAGAAGCACAAAAGGGCAAAAAAUCAGCAAGGAAAACAACAAGGGCAGGAGGAUCUGGGAUGGAUUUGCAGAAGGUUGCCCAAGAGCAGCAAGCAAAAUUAGAGAAGGAGAGAGAGGACAGGAAAGAACAGAUUAAAGCUGCAAAAGAAGCUGCAGCAGCUGCACCUCCACCUGAAUCCCCUCCAGCUCCUGCAGCCACUAAGACUCCAGCUGUGGCUAAACCCGAGGCACAGAAAGACCCUGAAUCAAGAAUGGUAAAGGAACCAGCAGCAGUGGAUCCCCCAGCUGUGGAGGUAGUAAGUACUGAGCCUGAAAUUACCUGUGGACUCUCUGAUAUUUAUGCUCUUCUUGGAAAACCAGCUGAAUUAACUGUGAAGAUGAACACUGACAGUGAAGGUGCCUGGUUUAAAGAUGGAGAGCAGCUAAUCUCAGGUGCUGGGGUCACCAUCACCAAAGAUGGAACCAUUCACAAGCUGACAAUUCAAAGCUGCAGAGACGAUGACUCUGGAAUUUAUCGUUUUGUAUCAGGCAAUCUAAGUACACAAGGAAAGGUCACUGUGGGAGUUGUACCUGACUUUGACCCAGAUGACCUUCACAAGUUCUCCAAACCUGUGAUCAUAAGAGUGGGCCAGAACGCUGCUUUCAAGAUGCCCUUUCCUCCUCAGGAGUCUUUGGUGGUCAGUUGGUUUAAGAAUGGUAUUGAGAUCAAAGACGGAGGAGGAGUUAAAAUAGUGAGGGAGCCCAAUCACAGCCGGCUGCUGCUCAGAGACUGCCUGCGAACAGACGCGGGGGAAAUAAAGAUCCAACUUAAAAACCCAUUUGGGGCUGUGGAGGCCACAUCUCAGCUUAUUGUGCUUGAUCGGCCAGGCCCUCCCGACGGUCCAGUGGAGACUGUCGAAACCACUUCAUCUAACAUUGAGAUCAAAUGGAAACCUCCCAAAGAUGAUGGUGGCUCCGCUAUCACCAACUAUAUCAUAGAGCGGCAGCAGGCAGGACAGGGUCUAUGGACGAAACUUGGGGACGUCUCAGCUGACAAGACCUCCUUCAGAGACAGGAAUGUUACUCAUGGAAAGAAAUACAACUACCGCAUCUAUGCAGAGAACCCCGAGGGCCUUAGUGACACCCUGGAGACAACUGAUAGCAUUAUGGCUGGCAUAAUGAUACUCUCCGGUCCACCUGGCACCCCCAAAGUGGUAAGUGCCUCUAAGACCUGCAUUAACUUGACCUGGACCCCUCCAGAGGAAGACAGAGGAGUACCGAUCAUUGGUUACCAAGUGGAGAAACGAAAGAAAGACACAAAUCAAUGGAUUGCACUGAAUGCACUUAAUGAACCUAUUGAAGACGUGAAAUACGCAGUUAAAGAUAUUACUGAAGGAGUGGAAUAUGAGUUCAGGGUUUCAGCAAUCAAUGAGUCAGGAUCAGGGGAUCCAAGCCCUCCCUCUGCAAUGGUGUGUGCAAAGAAUCCCAACAUGAGACCUUGUUUUAAAGACCCAGAGGACUUCAUUGUUAUCAGAGCAGGAAAUUCUGUACGCGUCAAAAUUUGCUAUGAGGCUGAACCUCCACCUCAGAUCACUUGGCUGAAGGAUGAUGAGCCAAUAUCUCCAUGGAUUCAAAUCAUCAAUACAGAGGGAAUGUCUCAGCUUGUUAUUCCCUCAUCAAAGCGCUCAGAUUCAGCCAUUUACACUAUCAAAGCCAAAAACUCUGUUGGUGAGGCUUUCUUCGAUGUUGAGGUUAGAGUCACAGAUGAACCCAAGACUCCAGGGCCAGUUGAGCUGGAGCAAACAGUCCAGGGAAAAGUGGUAGUGUCAUGGGCUCCGUCGCCAGACCAGGAGCUCGAUGACCGGCUGUACUACAUGGUGUCUCAACACGACUCCAACACCAGAGUGUGGAAGACAGUAGCAGACCACAUCUCCACUAACACAUACACAGCCAACAACAUCCUUUCUGGGACUGAGUACCAUUUCAGGAUCUAUGCCAAGAAUGACGUGGGCCUCUCAGAUCCAUCUCAGUCACCUAAAUGGGGCGUGAACAGUAACAGAGUUCCAGUAACCUCAAAUGGAGUUAAUUCAAUGGAUGUCUGCUUUGAGAGGCCUCCAUCCAUCUUGGUCCCUCUGAAAGUCCACACCCCACCUAAAGGUUACCAACUCUACAUGACAUGUGCUGUCCGAGGAUGCCCAACACCCAGUGUAUCCUGGUACCUGAAUGGCAUCUGCAUCAACUCAGACAACAACUAUUACAUCACCAACUCGUUUGGUGUGUGCUCCAUGUACAUUCUUAGAGUCCAACCAAAGGACGGUGGAGAAUAUAAAGUUGUUGCAGUGAAUUCUCUUGGCAAGGCAGAGUGCUCAACUAAACUUAUUGUAAGAGAUUAAAAUGACAUGAAGCUUUUACAUCUAUUGCUCUGACUGAGACAUUCUGGAAAAAAAUGAAGAGGAAGAUUUUUGCUUUACUGCAUAUCCUGCAUUGAUGGCAUGUGAUUACUCUUUGUGAAUUUCUGGUAAAACCCAUCAAAACUCAUCUAAGUACUAACGUCUUUAAUUUAUUUGAAAUGUGACUGAUUUACAAUUGUUACCCUGCCAUUAGAAAUAAUAACUAUGUAGUACAAGUGAAGUGCAAAACUGUAGCUCAAAGACAGACUGUCUAAUUUUAAAGCUCUUGUAACAAGUAUAAUAAAUUAACAAAUUGACAACUGUGU